AUGGCUUCCAUCUCGAUUCCCCCGCAGACCCAGGUGUCUGCUCACCCUCCGGCUCUGGGUUCAGUCGGUUGUGAGAGUGAGCAGGAUGCGAGCAAUGUGACGGUCUCUGGUCGACCACCCAAUCCCCCGUUCGUCUUUCCCGCCCGAGAUACGAAUUCUUCCGACAACAAGCGUGAUGAGCCUGUGCCCCAUGUUCCGCCUCCUCUCCCCGCCUUUUCUUUCAAUCCCGGCAAUAUCCACGCUCCCAGCCCGUCGACAUCCACCCUGUCGGUGAAUCGGCCCCCGGGUCAGGGUCAUCGUCGGCGGCCAAGUGAACUCAUCGGCGGGGAGGGGCCUCCAAGUCCCAGCAUGUUGAGUACGAGCCCUGCGAAUCCCGAGACUUCCACCUCCGAUUCUUCAAAUCUUCCACCGCCUGGUGCCGGUCGCAGUGCCCCAGGCCCUGGACGGCGUGGUCAUGCCCAUCGCCGCUCAGGCGCCAUUUCGAGCAUGGAUCUGACCACUCUCGCCAAAGCGUUUCCCGCCGGUGGAAGUGCUCCGUGCACUCCUGCGGGCAAGAGCCCAGACCAUGGAUUCCACGAUGAUAUCUCGAAACCAAUGUCCAAGUCAGCGACAAGCUUGCACCGGCCGUCUCCGCCUGCCUCUCCCGCCAACAAGUCGACCGAUUAUCUCCACCCGGGUUCUCAAGGUCUCGCACCGCCGUCACCAGGUCCGGCUACACCCCGUCCGGUGUCAACCGUCUCCAUCGAAACCUCGAGCAGCCUGGCGACAGUGCGACCCGGUCAUUCUCGAUCAAACAGCGCUGCUCCAAGCACUCGCGUCGAGACAUCGCCUUCUGCACCGAAGGUGCGACCCAAGACAGCCGAUGCGAGCAUGCUUCUUUCACCAAGCGGGAACAACCUCUCGCCAGGGGACCUGCAGUUGCCACGACCCGUUGAGGAACGCCCUGAAGCCUCAGAAUCGCACCCUGCUCCUUCGUCAGAUGACCAGGAGACGAAGGAGGACAAGAAGAAAAAGAAGAAGAAAAAGAAGAAGAAGAGGAAGCAGAAGCAGAAGAAGCAUCUCGGGGAUAGUGGUGGUUCCGAGGAAAGCCCCGGCAAAUCGCCUAGCGGGAAUGAAGCCGUCGACACGACACGAGAACCCGGUGGUGAUACUUGUGAAUCAGCCUCCAGCAUUCAUUCACGGUCGGGCGCUGAGAACGCCCCAUCGUCCACCGGGAAAUCCCACAAAUCCGACAAGAAACAAAAGAAAAUGCGCUCAUGGGCGGACGCCAUUUUCCCUUUGAAGAGUAAACGACCUCAUGUCAAGGUGCCGAGGAGAAGCCCGACUCCUCCGCCGAUAAUCACGAGAACCAACUCUGAUAUCGGGUCCAUGGAUGGAGUGAAUUUUGAUGACGAUAACAUCGUCAUCAUCCGGACUCCAACGAACCCUAAUGCGCCAAAGCCACCUCAACCACGCCUGGAUACCACCUUCGAGAACUCAUGGAAACCGCGGAGCUUCUAUGAGCAGAAUCUCGACAACGAUUCGUUCAGCCCGGUGAUUGAUCUGGAUGCUGCCCUGGGUCCGUUCAAUACCCCCGAAAUGAGCUCCAGCCGCGUGGCCGGGAGUGCGUUUUCGAUCGCAUCCAGGAGAAUGUAUAGUGGUGGACGGCGGGGAGAGUUCAUCGGACCGGAGAUGCGUUACCACCGUCGUGCCGAAAGUGCCCCAGAAAUGCCACCGUUUGACCGCAGUGCUCUUGGUUUCCACCGUUUCGGUAGCAGUUCGACCAUGGCGCACGCCGAUGUCUUCUAUGAAGAGGAGGAAGAUGCCUUUCUUGCAGAGAACCAAUCGUGCAAUGCAGAUGGCCAGUCAGCCCGGAGAGACUCGGCUGCCUCGAGCUCGGCUGCCUCGAGCUCGGCUGAGGCUGACGGCGCACAGCCCUCCAGCAGCGACACCUUGGAGACCGUGGUUCAGGGAACUGCGGCCGAUCGCGAUCCACCGGACGACGGACUGGGUAUCCAGGUGGAGGCGCCAGGGGAGUCGUCUUCGGAUGCGGCUGUGGAAGAUGGCCCUGGUGAUGCGGUCGUGCACGAUGAGCCCGGGGAGGCCGAAGUAGCUUCGUCGUCUCUAAAGUCGAAGAAGUCGGUUGAAAUCGUUGAAUCUGAUGACUGGCCGUCCCAGGCGCCGAACGCACCCAGUUCGGACGCUUCUUCCCACAUUAUGUCUCUCGAGAAACGCCCUUGUUCGUCUCCGGUCGACUUUAGUAGCUAUGCUGUCCCGCAGCUGCCGCUGCCUGGUCACACGCAUUCCAGCUCCGCCUUUCCGUCACCUGAUCCGUCUAACAUCUCUUUUGAAGCUCCACGUUCGGCGACAGCGUCGUCGAUGACCGAUCAGACUUCUUUCCCUCCGUUCCACGACCAGACGCGAGGCUCCAUCGAAGAUGUACCAUCUCUGACCAGCAGUGUUUCCACCCGGACGAAUAACCGGCCGCGCUUUUCGUCGGGUUUCCAUGCCCGUUCCUCUGGGGAGCGGUCGGCGUCGUUCUCGACUCGGCCUCGAUCCAGUCAUUCGCAUACGGCUAAACGGACGAGUCUGGUUAGUUUGUCUCGACUGGUGGGCGCCUCGCACGGAGAGAAGAGCAAGCUGAGCUAUGAAGAGAAGCCGCCCGCAGACGAACAUGAAAAGACCAAGAAGAAGGGCCACCGGAUCAGUCGUCUUAUGCACUUCUGGAAGACGAAGGAGAAGCAGAAGUCCAAGGGAGAAGGAGACUGA